UUUCGCAAAUUCUUUGGGAAUGACAACUUCAGGCUCCUUCUUUUUGACCUCUUUGGGAGCUGGGUGUUCUUCCUCGGUGUCGGAGACUUCAGAAUCAUCGUCCUCGGGUUCGCUAUCGCCCUCGGAGGCUUCGUCUUGGGCUUCUUCUUCGUCUUCUUCUUCCUCCAAGUCAUCUUCGGCAUCGGCUUCUUCCUCUUCAUCCUCAACUUCAUCCUCAACUUCAUCCUCUGCUAGGUCCUCCGGGACAACAUGGCCCGCAGCUUCUAGCAUCUUCGCGAGCUCCUUGCGUAGGUCAUCAUCACCACCCUUAGCCUUGGGCUUGUAAGAUGUGCCUUCCACUUCGGACUCCGAGUCAACAUCGGCAAGUAGUUCAACGUCCUCCUCAGUACCGCCCAGUGCCAAAAUCUCCUGGCGCAAAGUAUCGUCGCUAUUACUCUUCUUCGCACCCGCGUCGAACUUGUCCUGCUUGCUCUUUCCAACCUUCUUCUCAUCUCUCGCAAUCACAUCGCCGUUGCGAUCCCGCUUCUUGCCCUGCGCAGAGCCUUCUUGCUUCUUGCCGGCCUUGUGGUUGUCCUGCUUCUCUUUCGUCACAAUCUUCUGAGCGGGAGCAGUCGGCUUGUCGUUCUUCUUCUUUCCCUUGCCAGAGCUCUGAUCCUUCAAUCGUUGCUCGAUCUUCUGUCGGAGGCCAACGAAGGCGCCCUCGUCUAGCUGAGGCAUCUGCAUUUCGGGUGUGGAUUCGGUUUGGGAAACAGAGACACCUGCAUCGGCCAAGGCCUCGUUUGCGCCCGAUUGGCGCUUUCCUUUCCCUUUCGCCAUUGUGGUGUAAUGACGGCUUCGGGUGACUUUUUUCUUGACGGAGAGAAAAUUGGGCGGAGAAAUCUUUUGCGGCGGACCGAUUAUCAAGGCGCUCGGACCACCCGAUAAGAAACACCCAAGGGCCGCCGCGCGACGCUUUUCUGGAGUUUCCUGUUGGACGCCCGGUGGUCGGGAACUUUGACUUGAUGGUUGAUCGUUUGGGAUUUAUCUCCUCAAUGAUCACUAGAAUACGUCCCGUACCCAGUCGCUUCCCUGGGAGGCACUUGGUGCUGGGCCUCCGUGUCCAGCGUUGCCAACUUCAUUAUGAUGGGCGGACUCGAGUCUCCAAUUUCUGGAUCCCUACAGGCGGUAUUUCUAAGAAGACCGUCAGCGGAGAGAAGGAGGAUGCGAAUGACCUCUUGGUUAGGGGAGGAUUCCUACGCCAAGCAUAUUCUGGAGUGUUUCACCUCCUGCCGCUUGGCUUGCGAGUCCAGGACAAACUAGAGAGUCUCAUCGACAAGCAUAUGCGCUCGCUGGGGGCGUCAAAAGUAUCGUUGUCAUCGAUUUCCUCCCAGGAGCUCUGGGAGCAAUCAGGUCGAUUGACCGAAGGCUCAGAGGUAUUCCGAUUUGAGGAUCGAAAAGGCGCUCGUUUCAUUCUUGCUCCUACUCAUGAGGAGGAGAUCACUACUCUCGUCGGUAAUUUAACGACAUCCUAUAAGAGUCUCCCUCUACGCGUGUACCAAAUAACGAGGAAAUACCGUGAUGAGGCUCGCCCAAGACAGGGCCUUCUCCGGGGGCGAGAGUUUGUAAUGAAGGACCUCUACACAUUCGACUACAAUGCGGAUGAGGCGCUCAAGACUUAUCGAGCCGUGAAACAUGCGUAUACCCAGCUAUUUGACGAAUUGAAGAUUCCUUAUCUUGUUGCGGCAGCAGACUCGGGAAAUAUGGGAGGCAAUCUCAGUCACGAGUACCACUUCAUCAGCGCUAAGGGGGAGGACCGGGUUGUUAGCUGCUCAAACUGCGACCAUGUAUACAACGAAGAGCUUGCAGAUGGUAAGAGCCAUAACUUCCCCGAGGAAUCUGGGAAGAAUGUUGUACCUGGCUUCCACACAGAGGAGGAUGCGCCUGUCGAAGGAGGCUCAACAGUUUCAACUGGUAUGUGGAUGGCCAUUUCGCAUGAUGGGAAUACUCUUCUCCGGGGCUGGUACCCCAAAUUCUCGAUGCAAAAUUGGUCCACCGAGCCAGCGGAGCGACACGUCAACUCGCAUGCCGCAAAGGCGAUUGCAACUGCAGCGGGUAUCGACCUCGAACUCAGCGUCGAGAACCCAUUGGAGAAGUGGGUUGCCAAUGCCAAGUCUCCCAAAUCGUCUGAGAAGCCGCGUGUUCUCGACCUGUAUGACUCGCAGGUGCGGGUGUACCAGCGCCCGCCACUUAGCGACCUUCUCCAAGAAUCCGGCUGCACCGCUGCAGACAUCGAGUACACCAUGCUGGACCGUUUCCCCGGAACCUCGAACAAGCUCAGCCUCGUCCGGGUCCACGAUGGGGACCGCUGCUCGCAGUGUGGAGACGGUGUUCUGACGAGUAACCCUGCCGUCGAGCUUGGUCAUACCUUCCACCUAGGCACGCGGUACAGUGAAGUGCUAAAUGCCUCGGUGUCUGUCAACGCGGCGGUUCUUGACGGAUCUGUUGAAUCGGGGAACAAGUCUUCUAAAGAGGUAAUCGUGCCCAUGCAGAUGGGCUGUCACGGAAUUGGAGUUUCACGCAUGAUCUCAGCCGUCGUGAAUCGCCUGGCAGAUGACAAGGGAUUGAACUGGCCUCGUGCCAUCGCUCCUUAUGAGGUUGUUGUGGUCCCUGGCAAGGGACUGGACUCCGUGGCUGAACAAGUCUAUGACAGUCUCACCUCAGGAAAUUCGAAGCCUGUGGACACCCUUCUUGAUGACCGUGAUAAGGGUAUGGGCUGGAAGCUGGGAGACGCUGACCUGAUUGGUUACCCAGUCAUUGUGGUAGUUGGCAAUGGCUGGAAGAAGAAUCAGACUCUGGAGGUGCAAUGCCGCCGUCUGGGCGUCAAAGAGAACGUGUCUCUCGAGAAACUUCCCACGUUUGUUCAGGGCCUGCUUGCCCAGUUGUGAGGCGAGUACUAGGUAUGAAUCUGUAGCAUAUUGUAUUUUAUUUUAUUGAUCAAGGCGCAAAAUGGAUAGCCACUGUAACAUAGCGAAUUUACCCACCUCUCUCCUGCUUUGCU